AAGCCCCGCGCCGCCCUCUUGCUGCGCCUCCGUCUCCCGUGACCGCGCGGACGCGGGACGCCCGCAAAAGAGGGUCCGGGGACCGGGUGGGGGCGCGGGUCUGGACCCUGGGGCCUCCAUGCCACCCCCCAUCCGGGGGCCUCUUCUCGGGUCCGGGCCCCAGAAGGAUCUUAGUAUGGACGAAGAGGGGGUGCGGCAGCCUUCUGGGCCACCCCCAAGGAAGAAAUUCGUCAUACCACUGGACGAGGAUGAGGCCCCUCCUCCUGGGGCUAAGCCCUUAUUCAAAUCCACACGGAACCUUCCCACCAUGGACACCGUACCCCAGGAGGCCCCUCAGAGCUAUGCUGAAUAUGCCAUCUCGGGCCCGCCAGGUGGAGCGGGAGCCACACGACCCACAGUAUCAGAACCCUUGACAGAAGAGACCCCCAACCCAGCCCCCAAAACAGGGGCCAAGUCCAACAGCAUCAUUGUGAGCCCCCGGCAGAGGGGCAACCCCGUACUGAAGUUUGUGCACAAUGUGCCCUGGGAAUUUGGUGAUGUACUUCCUGACUAUGUGCUGGGCCAGACCACUUGUGCCCUCUUUCUCAGCCUCCGCUACCACAACCUCCACCCAGACUACAUCCAUGAGCGGCUGCAGAGCCUGGGCAAGAAUUUCGCACUGCGGGUCCUGCUGGUGCAGGUGGAUGUGAAAGACCCUCAGCAGCCCCUCAAGGAGUUGGCAAAAAUGUGCAUCCUGGCUGACUGCACCCUGAUCCUCGCCUGGAGCCCCGAGGAAGCCGGGCGGUACCUGGAGACCUAUAAGGCCUACGAGCAGAAACCAGCCGACCUCCUGAUGGAGAAGCUGGAACAGGACUUCGUCUCCCGGGUGACUGACUGUCUCACCACUGUGAAGUCAGUUAACAAAACGGACAGCCAGACCCUCCUGGCCACUUUUGGGUCCCUGGAACAGCUCAUAGCUGCAUCGAGGGAAGACCUGGCUUUGUGUCCUGGCCUUGGGCCCCAGAAGGCCCGGAGGCUGCACGAUGUCCUACACGAGCCCUUCCUCAAGGUGCCCCGGUGACCCCAGACCUCCGUGUGACAAUAAAAUCUCCUCCUGGCCCAGGCUCUGCCUGCUGUGGUCACGGAAACCCCA